AUGGAAAGUAUGGAGUUAGAAGACAUCAAAAUAGAGGAUUCUACGGUGGAAGAACCCAAGCAGGUUAAACAAAAUGAGGAAUUAGCAAUUGACUACUCUAGUGAAUUCAUCAACCAAGAUACAUUUGCAACAAGGGAUGAAUUGCUGAAAUGGGUGAGAGAAGUGGGUAGACGUCUCGGAAUGGUCUUUACAAUCAUGUCAUCAAAUCCUGGACUCAAUAGACGUAGUACACCUUAUAUGGUGCUUGUGUGUGAGCGUGCGGGCACUAAAUUGGGCAUGGAUGAUGACAAUGUUGGAUGGAAGCUCGAAUUUUUUUUUGGCGUUCAUAAUCACCCAUGUUUUCCAAAUUUGGAGGGCCACGCAUAUGCGGCAAGAUUAACAAGCGAAGAGAUGAAAAUUGUAGAAGAAAUGUCAAAUGCGUUGGUGCAACCAAAGGCAAUACUUACAACAUUGAAGAACAGGGAUGAGACAAAUGUAGCUGAAAUGAAGACAAUUUACAAUGCUCGUCAUAGGCUUCAAGCGUUAGAGAAAGCCGGUAGAUCUCAAAUGCAACUUUUGAUGACGAAAUUGUCCGAACAUAAUUACCUUGAGGAUCAUAGAUCGAACGAAGAUGGUGAAGUCACUGAUUUGUUUUGGAGCAACCCUACUUGCUUGGCCUUAGGGCGUAGCUUUCCCUACGUGUUACUUAUGGAUUGCACGUACAAAACUAACCGAUACGGAUUCCCAUUACUGGAGAUGGUGGGCGUUACUUCUACGAACAAAACAUUCUCCAUUGCCUUUGCAUACUUGCAAUUUGAGAAGGCAGAUAACUACGAAUGGGCAUUGAGGACCUUGGAGGAGAAGAUGGGAGGGAGUCAUAGUCCUAAUUGUAUCGUCACUUACCGAGAUUUGGCUUUAAUUAAAGCUAUAGCUCUUGUGUAUCCAACCAGUCAUCAUUUGCUAUGUAGGUGGCAUGUUAGCAAGAAUAUUCUUGCUAAAUGUCAAAAAAUGUUCAAAAAGGAGAAAGAAAAAUGGAAGCGGUUUGAGACAAGUUGGGAAAAUCUUGUUGAGCAAGAAUCGGAGGAGUUGUUUUAUGUGGAAUGGGAUUUAAUGAAACGAAACUUCGUUGAUUUUCCGAAGGCUCUAUCUUACGUAGCUGACUCGUGGUUGGACCCGUACAAACAGAGGAAUGUAUCGGCAUGGACAGACAAAUGUAUGCACCUCGGAACAUAA